AGCACUGCAAGCUCGCAGCCUUGGGCGCCGGGGCUCAUUUGGCAGACAGGCUGCUCCGCGUUCUUCUUAGGCUGCUUCCCCUUCCUCUUUUCCCAGAUAGAUAUGUAAACACACGCAUUUCGUGUUCAAACGGGGGCGAGUUGGUGUUGUGCCUGUGCCUUGACUUCGCGAUUGGGCUGAGCCUUGCUCCUCCCUUCCCUACUCGGAUAGGAGCCACAAGGAUCUGGAGCUCGAGCUUCCAAAUUGCAGCUGGCCUCGGGCCAGGUGACCUUUGCUUUGAUUCUCUCAGCCCGGCAUCCUGCAGAGGGAUCAGCCUGCUGGAACUGCAAGCGUGAUGUGGGGGACCAAACUUCUGCCGGUCCUGUUGUUGCAGCAUGUGCUCCUGCACCUCCUCCUGCUUCCUGUCACCAUCCCCUAUGCAGAAGGACAGAAGAAAAGAAGAAAUACACUCCAUGAAUUCAAAAAGUCAGCAAAGACGACUCUCACCAAGGAAGACCCAUUACUGAAGAUUAAAACCAAAAAAAUGAACUCUGCAGAUGAGUGUGCCAACAGAUGUAUUAGGAAUAAGGGCCUUCCAUUCACUUGCAAGGCCUUUGUUUUUGAUAAGACAAGAAAACGAUGCCACUGGUUCCCUUUCAAUAGUAUGUCAAGUGGAGUGAAAAAGGCGUUUGGCCAUGAAUUUGACCUCUAUGAAAACAAAGACUAUAUUAGAAACUGUAUCAUUGGUAAAGGAGGCAGCUACAAGGGGACUGUAUCGAUCACCAAGAGUGGCAUCAAGUGUCAACCUUGGAAUUCCAUGAUCCCCCAUGAGCACAGCUUUUUGCCUUCGAGCUAUCGCGGUAAAGACCUACAGGAAAACUACUGUCGAAAUCCUCGAGGGGAAGAAGGGGGACCCUGGUGUUUCACAAGCAAUCCAGAGGUACGCUACGAAGUCUGUGACAUUCCUCAGUGUUCAGAAGUUGAAUGCAUGACCUGCAAUGGUGAGAGCUACCGGGGUCCCAUGGAUCACACCGAGUCAGGCAAGACCUGUCAGCGCUGGGAUCGUCAGACACCACACCGGCACAAAUUCUUGCCUGAAAGAUAUCCCGACAAGGGCUUUGAUGAUAAUUAUUGCCGCAAUCCUGAUGGCAAGCCGAGGCCAUGGUGCUAUACUCUUGACCCUGACACCCCUUGGGAGUAUUGUGCAAUUAAAAUGUGCGCUCCCAGUGCUGUGAAUGACACUGAUUUCCCUGUGGAAACAACUGAAUGCAUUCAAGGCCAAGGAGAAGGUUACAGGGGAACCAGCAGCACCAUUUGGAAUGGAAUUCCCUGCCAGCGCUGGGAUUCUCAGUACCCUCACCAGCAUGAUGUAACCCCUGAGAACUUCAAGUGCAAGGACCUUAGAGAAAAUUAUUGCCGCAAUCCAGAUGGGGCUGAAUCACCAUGGUGUUUUACCACUGAUCCAAACAUCCGAGUUGGCUACUGCUCGCAAAUUCCCAAGUGUGACGUGUCAAGUGGACAAGAUUGUUAUCGUGGCAAUGGGAAAAAUUACAUGGGCAACUUAUCCAAAACAAGGUCUGGACUUACAUGCUCAAUGUGGGACAAGAAUAUGGAGGAUUUACACCGUCAUAUUUUCUGGGAGCCAGAUGCGAGCAAGUUGAAUAAGAAUUAUUGCCGGAAUCCUGAUGAUGAUGCCCAUGGACCUUGGUGCUACACGGGGAAUCCUCUUAUUCCUUGGGAUUAUUGCCCUAUUUCCCGUUGUGAAGGCGAUACCACACCUACUAUUGUUAAUUUGGACCAUCCUGUAAUAUCCUGUGCCAAAACAAAACAACUGCGAGUUGUAAAUGGCAUCCCAACACGAACAAAUGUAGGGUGGAUGGUUAGUUUGAAAUACAGAAAUAAACAUAUCUGUGGAGGAUCCUUGAUAAAGGAAAGUUGGGUUCUUACUGCAAGGCAAUGUUUUCCAGCAAGAAACAAAGACUUGAAAGAUUAUGAAGCUUGGCUUGGAGUUCAUGAUGUCCAUGGGAGGGGAGAGAAACGUAAACAGGUCCUCAACGUUUCCCAGCUGGUCUAUGGACCCGAGGGCUCAGAUCUGGUGUUGCUGAAGCUUGCUCAGCCUGCGGUCCUGGAUGACUUUGUUAGUACAAUUGAUUUACCCAAUUAUGGCUGCACAAUCCCUGAAAAGACCACUUGCAGUGUUUACGGCUGGGGCUACACAGGAUUGAUCAACUCGGAUGGUUUAUUACGAGUAGCACAUCUGUAUAUUAUGGGGAAUGAGAAAUGCCGACAGCAUCAUCAAGGGAAAGUGACUCUGAAUGAGUCUGAACUGUGCGCUGGGGCUGAAAAGAUUGGAUCAGGACCAUGUGAGGGAGAUUAUGGUGGCCCACUCAUUUGUGAGCAACACAAAAUGAGAAUGGUUCUUGGUGUCAUUGUUCCUGGCCGUGGGUGUGCCAUCCCAAACCGCCCUGGUAUUUUUGUCCGAGUAGCAUAUUACGCAAAGUGGAUACACAAAGUAAUUUUGACGUACAAGUUGUAAUAUCCAUAGAAGAAGCCAGUGUGUUUGAAGAGUCCAUCAAUACAUAAGGAUUUCAGAGACUUCAAGAUUAAAAUGUCAUCUAAACCAAUCCUAAAAUAACUACUUGAGUGUUGUGAAUGUUCAGGAACUCAUUAAUAUAUGGGUGUGUUCUGUUUUGUUUGUCAGUGUUAUUUUGUAAAUGUUGAAGUGAAUUAAGGUACCUGUAAGUGCAGUAACACAUCUCCUGAAGAUACUUGAACGGAUUAAAAACAUGCAGAAGUGUAGUUGCUAGAUGAUAAAAGAUUUAAAGGUAAAGGUUAAUUAAUCAUUCUAUGCUGCUUGUCAGGGUUGAUAUCUUAAUGAUGAAUUAAUCAUAAGUUAAACAUUAUUUUAACCCCACCAAAACAAUCUGUACCUUGUGUUUUUAACUUGUAACUCUGUAUUAAAUUAUAUUACACUUCAUAUGGCACAUGCUAUACUCCAUUUUUUUGCAACAUAUAUCCUGCAAUACCAGUACACAAACAUCCUUUUACAAAAACACAUGACCAUAACACAUGGCUGAGUACUCAUGCAGCACAUAUCACAGUUUAAACCAUGAAGUAUCUAGUGUAAUCUAUAAAUACUUGGAUGUAUGUAUCUAUAUUUAUUCUAAAAUUUAAGAUUUUUGAAAGAUCAGUGGGAAUAUUCAGGAAAGGUACAGGUAUAAGUGUUGACCCUCUGUACAUAUAGCAUAUGACCUCCACUGGAAAGUGUUCAGAGUCAGGAUAGGACCCAUAGGAUAAAAUAAUGACUAGCUUUGAUGUUUAUUUAUAUUUAUUAUCCUAGUUAUUUUGUGUGCUUUCUAAUUCCUAAAAAGCAGAAAGUACUAAGUGUAUUUGUAUUAUUUCUUUCCUCCAAAUUUGGUCUACUUAUUUAUGCAGGAUAUUGGUUGAUCUAUUUUCUUAAAACAUUUAUUCAGUUUUCAAAUGUGUCUUAAUGAAAAAAUUUAAGUGUCUCUGUCUUCAAAUAUAUAUUUAUAUGGGUUAAUAUUAAACUUGCUGCUGUGAUUGGCUUCUAGCUCACUUUCCUUAAAUUUCAAAAAUGAUUUAGCAUAAAAUAUCCAUGUCUGAAAAGCUUUGUGAAUAUCCCUUCAUUAAAUUUUGCUUUGAAAUAUUUUGGAGAAAAAAAGGAAAAUAAUUUCCUCAACCUAAAAAUUAUUAGCCUUUGAGUAAUAUGAAAAAAAAUAUGAAGUGAAAGAAAAAGUAUUUUUUCUAAAUUAUUUAAUUAAAUUACUUUAAAAUGUAUAAUUAAAAAUCCAAAAAUCAGAUAUGCUAUAAAGAUAUUAUCAUAUUUUCUCAUUUCUUUUGACAAAGCUCUUUCCUAAUGACAUGGAAUAUUCAUUUAAAUUUUAUAAUCUAUAUUAUAAUAUUCAAAUUAUAUUUAUUAUUCUACUUGCCAUGACUAGCUUUGUGUUGUAUAUCCAGAGGUAGGAUAUUAAAAAAAUAAUAAGACAGCUUCUAAGUUCUCAGUCUUCAUGUGUAAAUCAAGAAUAUUAAAAGUUAUAAUUUCAGUGGUUGAAUCCAUUGUUCCCAUUUUUGAGGUCGAAUUCUUUUAAAUUAUUCACAGGCCAAAGAUUCAAUCAAUGCCCUAAUGCAUCCUCACAACUUCUGGAAGUAAAUCCGGAAGUUCUUGCACAAGCUUUGACAUAGGGGUGUGUGUGUGUGUGUGUGUGUGUGUGUGUGUGUGUGUGUGUGAUAUACACACACAUACACAUGCAUAUAUAUUUGUGAUAACAUAGGUACUGUUGAUAAACAGUGGAUGCAGAGAAAUCCAAUGAAUUGCCAGACCAUAUCAUUUUAUAUUCAUUCACAUUUUCUUUCCCUUUUAUAACACGUUCUUUUAACAAAACAGAAAUUUCAAAGAUAUAUUAUUAAAAUAUUAAAGUCCUUUUCAUAGCUUCUUUUUGGAUUGUCUAAAUUUCAGUGCUAUAUUUAAUAAUAUUGGUAAAGCUGUUGUGAUAAUUGCAAUACUUUAACAUACUGACAUUUUACAAUACUUCUUGCAGAGUAUUUUUUUAAUUAUCCAUGAAAAGAGAAACAGAAAUUACCUAGAAACAAUCUGAAAUCAAGUUUUCAGAUACUUUGUAAUCAGUGUUUCUAAUUUUAUAAAAAGUAAACAAAUGCCAGUCCGUCACCAAACAUGGUUUGUUAAGCAGCUCUCUCCAUGAGGUUUUCUUUGCAAUGGGCGAAGUGGAUGGCGUGGAUAGUGGACAAGAUCUAUGGUGUCUUACUUGGUAGGAAAGGGCACAGUUAUUGUGAAAACAAUACUAUGUAUGAGAUGGUUUUCUGUGAAUAAAUUUCAAAGGAAGAAGAGAAAAAAAUUCAACUUAUCUAGAAAUCUCUAUUAUUUUUGUCUCAUGGACAAGAGGGCCUUUUGAAUUAUGAGCUUUCAAGUGGUUUUGUUUUGGCUGAGUAACAGUUAUACACUGUUAUAAUUGUAGAUAUUUUUCUUAUGUCUGCAGGAAUAGAAGUGUAAAACUAAAAUCUUAGUGAUGUGCCUCUGCUGUGCAGAGGGGUGAUAAUUCUUUUGUAUAUUUCUUUAAUGUUAUUGUGAAAUGUAAAGUAGCUUUUACCAAUAUGCUGUGGGCAGGUCCUCGGUAUACUGGUUUCUAGUGAGCUGGUCUUUGUAACAGGUUCUGGCUUGCUAUCUAAGUGUUUCAAGCUAUAGCAAUGGGAAACACUGGUCAGCAAGAAAAAUCACAAUAAUGGCAUGUGUUGGCAAAGCUGUAUUUCACUUAUUCCUGUGGAUAUUUCUUGCUGGUAUCAAGGGUACUGUGCAGAGUGGAUGUUCCAGCUACAACAUCCCUGAAAAAGAGCACUGUCAAGAACUGGGAGUUGCUGUUGGGUAUUUUCUUUCCUUUACAAAACAAAUACUGUCUGUAACAUACAGGGCAUGAAAUAGAAAAUGUCAAUACUAUCUCAUGAUAAGCAUAAGCAAACCUUAAAUUGAUUUAAUGAAGUUCAAAAAUAACUACUUCCAUUCACUCUAUGCAACAACCACACACUUACAUUUAUCGAAAACUCAAAAAAUAAAAGGACUUGAGCAAAGACAA